CUUCUUCAAGAUCCCCCUCCCGUCUCCCAAGCCGCCGCCGCGCACGUGAACCGCUCGUCGGACCCGAGCGCCGCCGCCCAUGGCCGACUCCAGCGCCCUCGUCGUCUCCGCCACCGCCCCCGCCCCCGGCGCGGAGGCGAAGCAGCAGCAGCAGCAGCACCCGCUGAGCCAGAUCGCGGCGAGCGGGACGCACCGGCUGCUGCUGAAGCAGUGGGUCAAGGAGGAGGACCUGCUGGCGCGCCGCGUCGCGCUGCGGGAGGCCCGCCUCGACGGCGCGCGCAAGGAGAUCGCCUUCCUUUACUGCGCCUUCUUCGCCUUCCACGCCGCCUCCGUCCUCCUCCUCUUCCUCUCCUCCCCCGGUGCCGCCACGGCCGAGGCGUGCAGGCGCUCCUGGAUCCCCUGCCUCGUCUCGCUGCUCUCCUCGCUCGUCAUGCUCUGGGCGCUGCGGUACAAGUCCGACACGGAGGCCGUCCUGGAGCGCCUCCUCGCGCGGGAGCGGGAGGACGCGCUGCUCCUCGCCAGGUGCGUCUCCGAGCUCAAGCGCAAGGGGCUCGACUUCGACCUGCUCAAGGAGGUGGACGCGCUGCGUAGGGCCAAGAGCCUCCGCGUCGAGGCCAAGGGCGCCGAGAAGCCCAGGCGAUGGCAGGCCAGGGACCUCGCCGUCUUCGCGCUCUUCGCCGCCGCCUGCGGGGUGCUCGUACUCACCAGGUUCCUGCUCUGUAACUAGACAAGAUCACAAAGGGUUGCCUGCCUCCUUGGCGCUGUCCUUGAUUACCGUUGCUGGAUGAAGAUGAAGGCCCCACUGUCGUAGUUGCAGAACUGUUUGUUCUGCGAAUUUUGGUGUUGGAUUUUAUAUGUUUCAUGUUUGUAAUAAGGAAAAUAUGCGAUGCGCCAGGUUUUAUC